AUGAUUCAGCCAGAGUUUUCAGAGGAGCAAAGAAUCAUGCGAUCAGUUGCCACCCCACCUAGAGACACUGACUGCACCAUCGUUAUAGACAACCAGGGCAGCUGCCCAAAGGAGAGUGGAGACGCUCCAGCACCAACGACGGAGGUCCUGUCUAUCCCAAGUCAGGCAGCAGUUCCAGUUGUGAGUGAAGAUACUGAGCAAAGGCCUUCCCUUGUGGCAGUCCCGCAGGCAGAUUCCUCUGGCAAGAAAACUCCGGACAUAGCGGAGCCCUGCUCAGCUGAAAACGAUCCUCCUGAAGCUAGUUCUGCUGAGACACCUGCAGCUACCCUCUCCCCACUUGCCUGCCCAGAUCUCAAUGCAGAUGAAAGCAGCUUGUCUGCCUCUUCAUUUCAGUCUGCAGUUGUCUCUUCCCUCCAACUAAAUGAACAGGAGCUGCAAGAGCAAACUGAUGCUGGUGAUGUGCUGCAGACUAGUAGCACCAUGGACUCCUCUAAGAAUAGCAGUCCUUGUGAAGAUGGUGGCAGUCCAGCAUAUUCUGUGCCACUGUGCAUCUCAGAAACUGCUGAUGGCAAAGAAAACUCUUUGACCUUGGAGAAUAUCCCAGAGCCUUCCAGUCUUGUAAAUCAGGAGCCUUCUGUUAGUGUGAAUCUGCCCCUGACUGAAGAGCUCACAGCCAGAGUGGACGUGCUGCCUCCCUGUGAGGGGUCUGCUACUACUGUAGACUUGCCACCAUCUGCAGAACCACCAGCUGAUGUGGAACUCCCAUUGCUUUCCCCUACCGACCUUGCAGAACCCCAAGCAGAGUCUCCUGCUGUUGACCCUCUGGAUGCUCCUGUAGUCCUCCCUGCAGAACUCCCUUCAGACACAGAAAUAGUGUCGUCUGGGGAUACUAUUGCCAGUGUGAGGGCAGCUUCUUCAGGGGUGUUUCCUGCCAGUGUAGUCCCUGAGACUUUUGCUGAUUUGGAAUCCUCAGAGCCCACUGCUAUAGACUUUGUGGAGGCAACACCUGAUAAGGUGGAUCUUGAUGUUUCUCCACUCGACUUCUGCUCUGAUGCUACAGAGCUCCCUGCCCGCAUGCAAUGUGAUGAUGCAAAUGGAAGCAUUACCACUGAGCCCAGUGUGGAAGCGACUCAGGACAGGGAGGAAGACCAGACUGGAAAAAGUGAGACUGUGUUGCCUGUUGUAGAUAUUGGUGAAAACCGGGAAGCGGGCAUUAUAGAAGAAACAGGUGAUACUAGCAAGGUGAAUGAGAACAGGGAAGUUGAUGGCAAAGCUCCACCGGUCUCUGGAUUGUCAGAAACAAGUGGCAAGGGGGCAGUCUCUUCCAAGAUAAGCACAGACAAAAAGCGAAAGAGAGAGAGAAAACCUCAAGUUGUAUCUGAUCGCCGCCUUCGGAGCCAGCAGUCCCUGCUGCCCACAGAAGACAAUUUUGAGCCACCCAGUUCACCCGCUUCCGUGCAGCUUCCUCAGCUUCAGAUCAAGCUUUCUAAAAGUCCAGGUGCUAAACAUUUUAAGAGGGAGGUGCAUCUUGAUGGGGCAGCGUCUGUGAACUUUCCGGGUGACGGUGCCCAUGAAACACUUCUCACUAACAUUGGGAACACCCAAGAUGGAGACUCUGAGCAGCAAGCAAAGAAUGGAAAUGACAUCAUAGAGAAACAGACGAAUGAAAACCUGUUGUCAGGAGAGACUGCAGCAGAGAAAAGUCAGAAUGAUGAUGACAACAGUAAGCCAGGGACUAUGCUUGAAAUCUGUUUAGAGGCAAAUUCUGACAAGAGAAGUGUUCAUGUCCCAGCAGACAUCUCUGAUGAGGAUGAACAACAGAUGAAUAGGAAUCCAGAAGCUCUAGAGAACCCUGACAGUGCUGUGGAAGUUAAAGAGGUGUUGCACACUGACCAGGCAAUCACUUGCCAACCUGGUAGCAAGGAUGAAAGUAAGAAUACCCCACUGGAGAAAUCUGUGAAAUACAAGAAGCCGUCCCUCCAGUUCUAUAACUUGAGACACACCACUGCCCUUCCUCCUGUGGCAACUGUCCAAAAAACUACACCAGAAAAAGUAGUUAUAGAAGCAGACUCUAAUGUCGUGGCCCAACAAGAAGCUGGGAAUGAAGACCCCAUUGGUUUUAGCAACAUGGAGUUGUGGUCUGAAAACAAACCCAGAUUUGUGGAAUGGUGUGCUGAGGAAGAGAACCAAGAACUUAUUACAAAUUUUAAUGCCCAGUACAUGAAGGUCCAGAAAGGGUGGAUUCAGCUGGAGAAGGAAGCCCCACCAGCUCCAAAGGUCAAGAACAAGUCUGACAAACUGAAGGAGAUCUGGAAAAGCAAGAAGAGGACCCGGAAAUUCAAAGGGUCCACUGAGGUCCAGAAGCUCUCUCCUGUUCAGAUGCUGUUUGUGAAGGCAUUUAAUGUAUCCAACAUCUGCAGGUGGUUCAUGGAGACAACUGAAACCAAGUCUCUGGUAAUUGUGAAGAAGUUGAACACACGACUCCCAGGAGACAUCCCUCUCAUGAAGCUUCCACUUCAGAAGGGCACCUCUUCUGGAAUCUACCCAAGUUCCAUUCAAGCUGAACGUCUGAAGAAGCACCUGAAGAAGUUUGCUGCUAUGAUUCCAGCAAAAAACACAAUAAAAACUCAAAGACUAUGGGCUAAGCUUCGAGAGGCCACCGAGGAAGCUGAGCCAGAGCAAGUGGCCAGUCCGAAGCAGAUGUCUCCCUCUGAUGUGACGGUGGAGCAUACCGUUGAAGCCAAACCCCAGCCCCGUCCAACCACACCAGUGCAGACCAGCUCACGGAUUCUGAGGAAAUGCUCCAACUUGCGAAGCAAGCUUCCUGGCCAGCAUAAGGUGGUCAAACAGGAGAAAAAUGAUGGUGUAACAAAGCAGCCCUCAGCUGAAAGCAAGCCAAGUAGGAAGAGUCUGUGCAUUAAGCCACUGAUGUCUCCAAAGCUGGCCCAGCAGGUCAAAACAACCCCACUUCCUACUAAAUCUGUUCCGAUUGAACGAGGAGGAAAGGAAAGAAAAGGGAAAGGCAAGCUGCAGGAGGACGCCCGGUUGAAGGGCGAGCCUCAGCCAAGCAAAAAGAAGUUGCUGAAUGAGAGCAGCAGGGCACAGAGUCAAUCGAACAAGCUUCCUCUUAAAAAGCUGAAUAAAUUAAAGCAUUUGGAAGCCCCUGCUACUCGGAAGCAGAUGGCCACGGAAAGAAGCAAUAAGCACACAUCUCAGAGUGAGAAGACGAAGAAGCCACAGGCUGGGAAAAAGAAGCCUUCCGUCCAGAAAGGAAAAGCAGCCCCCAGUCAAAAAGUUACUCUUCCUUCCAAGCAAGGAGGGCUUGCCAAGCCUCCGAAGCAGAAAGUGGCGCAAGACUCCUCCAGCCGGCCUCCAAAAGGGGCUGCUAAAAGAAUAGCAGAGCAACAAAAAAAGCAUCCUCACUGCAGGUCAAUGAAAGAGCUAUUUCCAACAGAACAAAAAAAGCCCAAGCAGCAAAAGGCUGGGAGGGACGAUAAACAUUCUUCACCCUGUAAACGCAGGCGGCUGGAUGCAAAGUAGCACCCUUGAGUUAGCGGGGGAUAGGUCACGGAAAUCCUCCCUCAUGCAUUAAGUAGAUCCAUUCAUGACCUGGGGGGUGGGGGGGGAGGCAUCAGGCAAUAUCUAACUGAAAGGUCAAGCCCCUCUCCCUGAUUUUUAGGAGCCCGAGCUGUGUUGCCUUCAGAGUGGGACACUGUUCUUCUCUGCUGCCGAGAAGGGAAGUUACUGCGUUUGAAAGUUCCUAGGCUUUUAACUGGGAACUAGACAGUUUCAGUUCAAAGUACAGUGCCUUAUUUAUCAUUUUAGGAAAUAAAUAUAGUCUGCGUGAUUUAAAGCCUGGCAGUUUAUAGGUAAUGCACAAGCACUUGUACUGUAAUGGAAAGAGAACAACUUUUCAUGCACACCCCAUCAAUUUUUGCAGCCCGUUGGCUAGGAUUCACACAGGAGCAGUCCCCCACCCCCACCCCUUUUUGGCAUCGUAGCAUCCUGGCUUCAUUUAAUUCAAGAGUAGCAUUUUAAAGCCAAAAUCCAAAGCAUUUUUUUUCUUUAAUGCCAUUCAUCACUAUCAGGUCAGAAUGGUGUAAUUUAUUAUUACGAUGUUAAUACCUUCUAUAAGGUAGAAGCGAGAUCUAGGGUUUGGCUAUGUUCUAGCUUGUCUUCUAUAACAAAAAAGAUUCUCUGUGUUCUGCUUCUUCAGUCAUUGGGGUAACUCUGGCCAGCUUUGUCCAAAAAUGGAGAUUGCUUCUUUGUCGGAAUAGAGCCCUUCCUUGUUAAGGGCGCAUUACCUGUCUUUUCUGAUAUUACUCGUAAGAUGCAAUAUUCAGAAUAAUGGUUUCCCUAUUUUACAACUGAGACACAUUGUUGGAGUACUCCUGAAAGAUGAUUGGCUGAAUGAGCAUCUGAGCAUUGAUGGACAGCCACAUAACCAUCCCAAGUAAAGUCUGCAUGCAUCUUAAAAUGGUGUGUCUGAAAAAAUAAUGUUGGAAGCUACCCAUAGACUUGGUGGCCUUCUUAUAAAGGGCCGGGUGUUGCUUCCAUUUCUGUAUUUUCUAUGCAGUUUCUGCAAUCCCCCUUUCCUUAGUUUUCUGUUCUUUAGAUGUUUCAAGGCUUUUUAAAAAAAUUAAAGUUAGAAUGAUGCAAUACAGACUGUGAAUUAACUGGAAGUAUCGAGUGCUUUUGACAAAAGUUGGUUGGAUUGCACCUUGAAACAAAGCAAACUUUAUCUUCUUCCCUGGCUUAAAAGGCUGUACUUCUAGCUCUAAAUGCUCACAAUGUUCCGUGCAACUUUUAGAGCCUCAUCUUCCAGGUUUAAUCAAUGAGCUAUGUAAAGGUCAAGAAGUCAUCGCUGUUCAUACAAGAUAUUCCUAUGAAAGCCUGUUAGAAAUGCAAACAGUACGCUUUUCAGUUCAAACAUUUGUAAUGGAUCCAGCAACAGGGAAAGAGGAUUUUUCUCAGGGGAAGUUUCCUGUUCCCUGUGCUUUGUGCUACCCAUCUGUUGGGUAAUAGUUGUUGCUUCCACUAUGAGUCCGGGGAGAAGAGGCAAGGCCUGGCCUUUUAUUUAUUUCUGCAGUUUCUCUUUGAGCCACAACAAAGACCAAGCUGUUUGCUUAGAAACUUGUGCAAACUUCCUCUCGUUUGCUGUGUGUGGCACCCAAGAGCUUCCCAUGAAGGCCUUUAAAUUGCUUGACCUUUCAGAAUAGCUUUCCAUGGAUACCAUCUGAGAUCUACGUACUCAAGCACAUCUUUACACAUGAUUAUAUUAACUGGCUUGAACCAGUCUUUCCAGUUGGGAAAGGAUUUAUUGAAUAAAAGAAAAGGCAAACCCUUCAGGGAGUAUGAAGAAGACAGAGGCAUGAAUGAACUGGUGUGGUUUUUUUUAAAGGGGGGAGGGUAUGUUAGCAUUGGCACUCCUAUACCAAAGCUCAUUACUGCAGGCAAAAAACUAGUUCUGUAAUUUUUCAUUUAUCAAAAGGUUUGCAAUGAGGCUUCUGAAAAUGCAAAGCCCACAAGGCCCAGCCAUUCAAGGUCCGUGGCCUGGGGGGGUGCACUAUAAAGCUGUAGGACACGUCAGGGUGGACUCUUUUCUAACGAAAUAAGUUUUGAUUUUUAACUUCUGGUUUUAAUCAUGCUGUAUACAAUUAAUUUUGAGUGUUUAAACCUGUCCAUGCAUUCCUUGUAAAGGUUGAUAUGAAUGUGUCUGCUGUUUUAAUUGCACAUAUUAGAUGUGUUGGACAUUCCAGCCCUUGCAUUAACAGGUAUGUAAUGAAUGAGAGGAACAGAUAAAGGAGUCAGAAUUUC